AUGUCAAGCAGCGCCUUAGAUGCAGAAAAAAUUGAAUCCAAACAAGAAGAACGUACAGCAAAUGUUCAUCGACUUGAUUCACUCAAUUUACUUAUAUUUACCACAUUACUUGUCGUUGUUGUUUUAACAAUUUGGGUAUUCAAACGACGAAAUUUUCGAUAUAUACAUGAAACAUGUUUAGCAUUAUUCUAUGGUUUUAUAAUUGGAGCUGUUCUUCGUCAUACAAGUACAUCAGAUACAAAAACAAAUAUAUUAAAAAUGAACGAUACGAUUUUACCAAAAAAUAAUGUACCAAACUACAUAUCAUUCGAAGAUUCAAAUAUGUCAGCAGUAUAUUUAUAUAGUUUUCAAGGACCAUAUCAAAAAGAUACAGUACCAUUAGAUGAACAUAAGGUUAUGUUUAAUUCGGAAAUAUUUUUUAAUUUAAUUCUGCCACCAAUUAUUUUUCAUGCUGGCUAUAGUAUGAAACGAAAAAAUUUUUUUCGUAACCUUGGAGCUAUUUUAAUGUUCGCAUUAGUUGGAACUACAAUUGCGUGUAUAUCGACAGGAAUAAUGGUAUAUGGUUCAGUCCACGCAUUUAGUAGUUUAGAUUUUUUUUCAUUUACGGAUUCACUUUAUUUUGGUGCUAUAAUAUCAGCAACAGAUCCAGUCACGGUAUUAGCCAUAUUUAAUGAUUUAAAUGUUGAUGUAGAUCUUUAUGCAAUUAUAUUUGGUGAAAGUGUACUUAAUGAUGCUGUUUGUUUGGUACUUGCUAAUUCAAUUGAAAAAUAUGUCGCUGGUGCAAUUUUAGAUAAAUUUGAUCGAACUCUUAUGUUAAAAUCAUUAGGCAAUUUUUUUGUUGUAUUUAUUGGUUCAUUUGCUAUUGGAUCAGGAAUGGGAUGUCUUACUGCAUUGAUGACGAAAUUUACUUAUAUUCGAGAUUUUCCACUUUUGGAAACAACACUUUUUGUUCUGAUGUCAUACAGUACAUUUUUGGCUUCCGAAGCUGCAGGAUUGACAGGUAUUGUUGCUGUACUCUUUUGUGGUAUAUUUCAAGCGCAUUAUACAUUCAAUAAUCUUUCAAAAGAAUCCCAACAACGAACACGUGAUUUAUUUGGAUUAUUUAAUUUUCUUGCUGAAAAUUUUAUAUUUAUUUAUAUUGGAAUAACAUUAUUUACAUUUCCUAGUCACAAAUGGGAUAUGCGAUUUAUUAUUCUAUCUAUUAUGGCUAUUUGUUUAGCACGUGUUUUAUGUGUUGUAUUUCUAUCAUUUAUACUUAAUUUAUUUCGUAAAAAUCCUAUUAGUUGGCGAUGGCAAAUGAUGAUUAUAUUUUCUGGUUUACGUGGUGCUUUUGCAUUUGCAUUAGCUAUUCGAAAUGUUUCAACACAUGCUCGUUCACUUAUGUAUACAACAACAUCAGUUAUUGUUAUCAUAACUGUUGUAUUCAAUGGAACAUUAGUCGCACCAGUUUUAAAAUUACUUAAAAUUCGAAUGAAUGUCAGUGAAGAAAUUGAAACAACAUCUUCACGUGAUAGAUAUCGAAUUAUGGGAAAUAAUAAUGACGAACAAAAAAAACAAUCAAAAACAUGGCUUUUAAAUAAAUGGUCACAUUUUGAUAAAAUUUUUAUGAAACCACUUUUAACGCAUAGUUAUCCACCGUUAACAGCUACAUUACCACCAUGUCUUUUACCUAUUACGAGACUUUUAACAACAAAAGAACAACGUACUAUGAGUCGAAACGAAAAUUCAUUAUCAAAUCUAACACCAUCAAUGAUGAAUAGUGAUGAUUCAAUACUAAAUAAUAAUCAUACAGUUCCUACACUUGAAUUGAUUGAUAUGGAUAAUAGUGAUGAUUAUUUAACAGGAUCUAAUUUUAAAUCAAAUACUCGGACUAAUCAAGUAUUAGAUACACAAAUGGAUCCAUUAGUUCAAUUUGACGACGAUGAAACAUUAGCAAAUAACAUUGGAUAA